AUGAAUGGAGUCUUUGCCAUAUACAAACCAUCGGGUGUAUCAUCGGCCAAUUUUUUAAAUGAAGUACAAGACUUAUUUACAAAUUCAAGAACUUUUGCUGCUGAUUUGAAAGCAGCUAGAGAUAAAGUAUAUUACGAUUUAAGUCGAGACAGAAAAUGGCAGAAGAAAGCUAGAAAGAAAGCAGACUCAACAAAGAUUAAAAUAGGGCAUGGAGGAACUUUAGACCCAUUGGCAAGUGGUGUUCUAGUUGUGGGAGUAGGAUCAGGAACCAAAAAAUUACAAUACUAUUUAGCAGAAUGUCAGAAAACUUAUGAAACCAAAGCUUUACUAGGAAUAUCAACAACAACUGGAGAUUCCGAGGGAGAAAUCAUUACCAAAAAUCAAAUCGAUCACAUUUCUCCUGAAUCUGUGAUUGAAGCUACAAAAAAAUUUAUUGGAGAUAUCAAACAAACACCACCAAUUUUUUCAGCUUUGAAAGUUAAUGGAAAACCAUUAUAUGAGUAUGCAAGAGAAGGAAUACCGUUACCAAAAAAUAUCAAAGUAAGGGACGUAAAAGUAAAUGAUAUAAAAGUUGUCGAGAGUGACCUUCUCACGAAGGAUCAUAAUUUUACGAAAUUGGAGAGUCAAUUAGAUGAUAAUGGUGUGCCGAAAGAACAUGGUCUAAUGAAUAACCCAACAUUAAAUGAUUCUCCAUUAUAUUUUUCAAAACAAUAUUUUGAAAGAUCAAAAGGUUCAAAAGUGGGAGAACCAAAGCUUUUACCCGAUGAUCAAGAGUUACCUGAAAAAUUACCCCUUAUACAUUUCAUUUCAGAUGUUUCUUCCGGUACUUAUAUUAGAAGUUUAAUAAGUGAUAUAGGUAGAGCACUUGAACUGUCUGCAUAUAUGGUUGAAUUGAUUAGAGUGAAACAAUCUGAAUGGGAACUUGGUAAAAAUGUAUUUAAAUUAGAUGAUUUUAAAAAGGAUGAAAAUAUAUGGGGACCUAUUUUGAAAAAAGUUCUUAAAGAAGGUGGUGAAAAAAUGAACUUAAUCAAUGAGUUUGAACAUUAUGAAAAAGAGUUUAAAUUAGCUGUGAGUGAUGAUGGCGAAAUAGAGGAGAAAACUAUUAGUAAGAAUGAAAAUGUAGGUGAUACUUCAAGUAGAAAAAGAUCUUUAGAUCAAGUAGAUUAA